GUGAACCUAAAAUUAAUUAAUUUAAUUUCCAACACAAAUAUAAAAUAACAAAGAUGGCUGCAUAAGUUGAAUCAGCAAAGAUGCUUAUAAGUUUAGGAUCAGCAGGAUUAUUUGGUCUCAUUUUGAUUAAGAACUGUUUCUUUACAGUUGAACCAGGACAUUGUGCAAUAAAAUUUAGCAAAUUUUUUGGUCUUUAAGAGGAAAAAUACAAAGAAGGUUGGCAUUUCAGAAUUCCAUAUUUUGAAACUCCAAUAGAUUACAAUAUUUAAACAAGACCAAGAUAAAUAAAAGCUAGUACAGCAAACAGAGGUAAUAAUUGAAUAUAUAUUUAAAAGAUAUGCAAAAUGUACUUCUCACUCUUAGAGUACUUCAUAGACCAUACAGUGAUGAAUUGCCAACCAUAUAUAGAACAUUAGGAAUUGAUUAUGAUGAAAAAGUACUUCCUUCAAUUGUUAAUGAAACAAUGAGAUCUGUUGUUGCUUAAUACACGGCAUCUUAAUUAAUGAGUUAAAGAGAUUAGGUUUCAUUUAAAAUAAGGUAAGCCUUAGAUUAAAGAGCUGCUUAAUUCAAAAUUGCUAUUGAUGAUGUUUCAAUCACAGAACUCACUUUUGGAAAAGAAUAUUUAGAAGCUAUUGAAGCUAAAUAAGUUGCUUAAUAAGAAGCUGAAAGAGCAAAAUUUGUAGUUGAAUAAGCAAGAGAAGCCAAAAAAAGUAUUGUUAUUAAAGCUUUGGGAGAAGCUAAAUCUAUUGAGCUGGUAGGAAAAUCUGCUUUAACUAAUCCAGGUAAAAUUUUUAAUCUAUUACAAUUUAGCAUUUUUGGAUGUUCGAAGAAUAGAAUAUGCAAGAGAAAUUUCAGCUAUAUUAGCAGAAUCCAGAAAUCAUAUUAUGCUACCAUCUGACAUUCUUAAAAUGGAUGCUACUGCACAUAAAUGAG